UUCAGAUACUCAAUGAUGUUGAGAUGCUGGCAAGACAAACCCGAGGACAGACCUUCCUUUACAAUGAUAUGUGAUGAAGUCAACCAAUACUAUAACACAACCAAGGAUUAUAUCAACCUUGACGUGUUUGAAGAUGCUUUGUACGUCAACUUCGAUGUCCUUUAAAAAUAAAUGGACGGCUUGCAGAAAGUUUGGCAUAAUGGAGCAUCAUCUCAUAGCACACUCAUGGAAAAUUUGUAGAAUAAUUGUCAAAACACGAAAAUAGCUAGACUGACCUUGACUGCUCUUUCGAUGAGAACUACCCAUCAUCACAAUAACAUCUUAGCGCUCCCAGAUUCAGUCGGAAUGAAAUCCCAAUAAGUUUAACAUCACUGUAAUUGCAGCUUUCCUUCUAAGCUGCAAUAAAUCAAACUUUGAGUAAAAGUGCAUACAGUAUAUAGUAGGAUCGAGUAGCAAACUCGAGUUCACGCAUUCACAUGUGACAUACAAAGUUUUUGUACGGUUUUCCGUCAGUUUCAAAUCAAACAUAUCAAAGAAAACAUAUAUCUUAUUUUACGUAUUUGAUAAUACACAAAGGAAAUCUUACCUCUUCAUUAAUUGGUCUUAUGCAUCUCUUCAGUCAUUUCUCACUUUAUCCAAUCAUCACUCUGUUCUCCUUGUAUCUCACGCCGUAACCACAUACCAUGCAAGUCAUGGGCUUCCUGUGCCCUGUGCUACGGAAAUAACAGCAAUGCAUAAAAAGCUUCCGGGUAAAUCACUCACCGUCCAGUAAGAGCUCGUUUCUUCAUAUAUAACAGAUCCUAACGAAAGCUGAAAGGUAUUGAUGAUAGUGCAGAAUGAUUGCUUUAUGUUAUACAUUCGAUCAAUCUGUUUUGAAAAUCUGCUGGGAACAGUCUUGAAAGAAGACUAUAAUUUGAGUUGUUUGUUUGUUACCAUGAAGUGCAUGUAUACUUCAAGCUUUAUUCUCGUACUUAUCUUCAUGGCAUGUAGUGAAGCUGGAAAAGAUACUAUUACUGAAGUGCCUAGCAUCAAGAAUUCACAGUCUAAAUGGAAAUGGUCUUGGACCGGCCAGUGGGAUCGGAAAGAUGAUGGAAAACCAUUUUAUCAACUAUGUGAACCCUCAGAUAGUAAUACAAACAAGUGGAUAAGAAGCAAUGUGUUCCUGGUUGGUGAUGCAAAAAGAAUUGAUGUUACUGUUGAAUAUGCAGUCACUAAAUGCUCUAGUGUGCCGUCUCUACAGAACUGCAAGGAAACACUAAACCUUUAUGUUUAUAAGACUACAACACAGCAUACAUCCGGCGGUAUUAAUACCAUCCCGGAGCCUUGGAAGCAACCCAAUGACUAUCAGGUUUUCGGAAUCACGUCUGCAGCCAUUUUAAGUAACGGAAUUCCAUCUCGAAGUUUUCCGAAUACCGAAACACAUUCUUUUCUUACAAGCACUUCCACACCGUAUCAUUACUUUGCUGUACAAUAUCGAGGAGGAUGUUUCGACUUGUACGGUGUCACCAUCAGUUACUUGGUCUGUCCAUCAAUAGCUCUUCCUACUGGUCUUGUCCAACUGCCACGAACUAUAGCCCCAACUAAUGGUACAAUUCUGAUACCAGGCACAUGUGCAGAGAAUAGUCAGCUAUUGGCUAACAAUGCUACCUUAUAUGGGCACUGUCAAAGUAACGGUGAAUGGAGCAGUGAUGCAGCAAGUGGCGGGUGUUUGUGUAAAGCUGGUUAUGGAAGGUACUUCAAUGGAUCUGGUGCAGUGUGCAAAGAUUGUCCAUCCGGGACCUUCCAAUAUACACCGAGUGAAAGCUCAUGUAAAGCUUGUCCAUCAAACAGUGUACAGGAUGUGGGCAAAAAGAAGUGUAGAUGUAUCACUUCCUUUUAUAGAACCAAGGAUGAAACCAUAUUUGACAAUUGCACCGCACAACCAUCUGCACCUCAAGAUAUCAGGGCAACAUUUCUAAAUGCAACCUUAGCUGUCAUAGAAUGGAAGACACCUUCCCAUCUCGGUGGAAGAUCAGACGAGUACUAUGUAAUCGAAUGUAAAAAGUGUAAUAAUGAAGUCACGACAUGCAUUAAUAGUUGUGAGGGUGCCGAAGUCAUCCACUUUCCAAAAGAAACAAAUAGCGCCACUGCAAAAAAUCUCUCUMCCUACACWUAYUACCARWUCAAAGUGUUUUCAAASAAUGGAGUCACAYAUUUAGCAGAGAAGAAUGGCGAAAAGCCAAAGUACGCAACAUUACUACAAAGAACAAGUGAAUCCAUCCCUGGUCCACCAUCUUUGAAAAUAACAUUCAUGAGUUCCACUUCUGUGCUUGUGAGAUGGACGUUGACACAGAAAAAUGGAAUAAUAAUUUUCUAUCAAAUCAGCUACUAUCCUGUUGCAGACGAGUCAAAUAAAUACCUCUUGAACACUACUGAAAGCAGCAUCGCCAUCACUGGACUUACUAUGGGAAUAGAAUACUACAUCAAGGUUCGAGCUGCUACAAAACGAGGUUUAGGACGUAUCAGUAGUAAAAAAGUCACCAUGAAUCAAGGAGGAGCAACCAGUGACAAAGGUAGUUACGUCAAAACAUCGGCUGAUGUUACUGUUCCUGUCCUUGCGUCAAUGCUCGCUGUGGCUCUUUUGGUUGUUGCUGUCCUUAUUGUGGUUUAUAUACUGCGAAGAAGAGGAAUAAUGAUGAGACAAAGCAACUCUGAAGAGAAAGAAGGCCAUGCUCCUGUUGGCAAGGCAUACGACCAAGCAAUUAUUCUUGGUGAUUUCACUGGAGAAAGCACUGAUGAUCUUUAUGCUUUCGUCCUUGAUGAAACCUUAUGGGAAGUACCAAGAAAAAACCUAUCAGUUAUCAAGAGACUUGGUAGUGGAAACUUUGGUUGUGUUGAUAAAGCAGCGGCUAUUGGCUUGUAUGGAUGCCCUGCCCAGGUGACAGUUGCUGUGAAGACUCUCAAAAAGAAUGUAGCAGAAAAGGAUAAAGAAGACUUCUUCACCGAGCUUCGCCUGAUGAUGAGACUGGAACUCCACCCUCAUGUUGUUAAACUAUUAGGGUGCUGCACGAAGUCUGAUGGCCCAAUGUGCAUUAUCCUUGAAUAUUUGCCCUAUGGAGAUCUCCUUGGCUACUUAAGAUACUCAUUGAUGUUAAGAUGCUGGCAAGACAAACCCGAGGACAGACCUUCCUUUACCAUGAUAUGUGAUGAAGUCAAUCAAUACUAUAACACAACUAAGGAUUAUAUCGACCUUGACGUGUUUGAAGAUGCUUUGUACGUCAACUUCGAUGUCCUUUAA